GAUCAGUUAGAAUGGGAGAAAGAAUUCAAGACCCGAAUAAACACUUCACUUGUACAUUCGCUGACUGUAAAGCCACGUUUUCAAAGCUGUGGAAGUUGGAGGUGCAUUACUGCAGACACACGGGGCUUAAGCCGUUUGCAUGUGGAGACUGUGAGAAGACAUUUUGCACUCGUUAUCAGCUCACCCGGCAUCAGCUGAGCCACAGUGGAGAGAAACCUUACCUGUGUUCAGUCAGCGGGUGUUCAGCUGCGUUCUCCACUCCUGGUAGCUUGAGGAACCACGUUGCUCAGGUUCAUGACAACAAAGUCCGGCAUUAUGUAUGCAACUAUCAAAGCUGUGCAAAGGAAUUUCUUAAGAAGAAGCAACUAAAGACUCACAUGUGUGAGCACACAAAUGAGUUGUCUUUUAAAUGUGACCAUGAGAAAUGCGACAACAAAUUUGCUUCCCCUAAAGCUCUUAAACGGCAUCGGAAGCUGCAUGAAGGUUACCCAUGUGGUAAGGAGAACUGUAACUUCAAAGGAAACACUUGGUCCGAGUAUCUGAAGCACCGAAAGAUUGCACACAAAGUAAACCUUCCAUGUGAUCAAUGCAAGAAGAUCUUCCACAAAGCCUGCUUUUUGCAAAUGCAUAAAAAAUGUGUUCACUCUGGGGAGCGGCGCAUGUUUAAAUGCACUCGAGAGGGUUGCCAAAAAAGUUACACUAAAAAAUUUAACCUUGAGAAUCACGUUCUAGUCUUUCAUGAGGGAAAGCGUGAUUUCACCUGCCAUUUUGCAGGUUGUGAUAAAGCCUUUGCUAUGGAGGAAAGCUUAAAGAGGCAUUUCGUGGUCCAUAUGCCUCAGAAAACAAAACUACAGAAGCCAAAAGUCAAGCCGAAACGCAAGACAUCCAAAGCUAAAAUGUCUGAUGCAGCCAAACUGUCUCAGCAUCUGCAAAAAGUGUCCUUGAGCAAGACACCAUUGCCUUAACUUCCACAAGAAACCCUUCCGUUUUUGUCCCGUAAUCUGCGCAAUUUCAUUUAUUUUAUUUUUUUUUAUAAACCAUUUUCAGUUCAGAUCACUUUAUGAAAUAAAUGAUCACU